CUGUAACAUGCGCAAGACCUCUUUCUCCGCCAACACGGAGCAAACACUAACAGUACGGACUACGGUAUGAAUCGGACGGGACUCGGUUAUAAGAGGUCGUUGCCCAAGACCCCGCGCUCCCCCGCAGCGUACCGGUAACUUCAGUUGUAAUUCUUGUCAAUGAUUGAUUGUUUCGCUGCCAAGAACCGGCAAAGCUCGAAAAGGAUGGUCAUGGGGAGGCUGAGGAGGCUGUGGCACGGUUCAUACCUACGACACUGGCGGCUGUUCUCUCAGCUCAUGACUAAGAGCUGAAUUGAAGCAACCGCCCUCAUUUGGACAGUCAUGACACUCAUGAUACUCAUCCACCAUCAAUAACCGUCAUGCCACAACCAUGAGGCUCCUCAGUACUCGUCAAAUCGGGGUGACUGAGGUCUAUGGCAGCAACAUCCCCCGCUACGCCAUUCUUUCUCACACAUGGACCGACGACGAGGUACUGCUCCAAGACCUCCAGGCUCUGGGACCGGCUGAUUGGGACCUGCCGGACGGAUCCGCGAAGGGCUUCUCCAAGCUCCAGCAAAGCACUGCCUUGGCCAGGCGCAACGGCUUUGACUACAUCUGGAUCGACACGUGCUGCAUCGACAAAACCAGCAGCGCCGAGCUGUCCGAGGCCAUCAACUCCAUGUACCGGUGGUACCAGGAUGCCGACGUGUGCUAUGCCUACCUGGAGGACGUGCGCCCGGCGGGGACCGAAGACCCGAUGGACGAGAGGUCGAGUUUCCGGCGCAGCAGGUGGUUCACCCGCGGCUGGACCCUCCAGGAGCUCAUCGCGCCGAGCAAGGUCGAGUUCUUCGCCGGCGACUGGAGCUACCUGGGAAACAAGACCGAAAGUGCCGAGUUUACCAGCCUGCUGCACCAGAUCACGGGCGUCCAGCACGGCGUCCUGACCGGCCACGACAGCCUGGCCGACAUCAGCAUCGCGUCGGUGCGCAUGCGCUGGGCCGCCUUCCGGGAGACGACGCGCGUCGAGGACAUUGCCUAUUGUUUGCUGGGUCUGUUUGAUGUCAACAUGCCCCUUCUAUAUGGCGAGGGGACCAAGGCUUUCAUCAGGUUGCAGGAAGAGAUAUUGUUGCGGGAUGAUGACCAGAGCUUGUUUGCCUGGUAUACAGACGACGCACCGGAGGAAUUGGAUGAUGCGGAUACCGUUGGGACCGUGUCGAGACUCAAGUCGCUGUCUGGACUGCUCGCGGAUUCGCCUCGACGAUUCUGGGCAACCGGUGAUAUCGCGACUGCUACGCCACUGGCACUGGGCGGAGAACCAGCCGCCCUCACCAGCAGAGGAUUGAGGGUGGAUUUGUUUCUU